AUGUCCAUAUCUGCCGCUGGCACGAAGGAGAUACCAGCCGAAGGAGUCGUCGAGAUCGAUGGCAUCAACUACUACACCCUCCUCGAGCAGCCCACAAACGCUCGGAAAGAUGCUCCAGUCGUGCUCCUUAUACACGCGCUCAUGUCGUCUCUCCGGAUGUGGGACGCUACUGUAAAAACACUAACAACCAAUGGCUACCGUACAAUCCGCUACGACCACAUCGGCCAUAACAAGACGUCUGCACCUGCGAAAGACCAAACCCAAAACUUCCAUAUGGACGACCUCACCCGCCACGCCCACGCCAUCGUCAAAGCACGCACGGGCGAGCAGAAUCUCAAGGCCGUGGUGGGUUGUAGUAUCGGGGGCACGAUAGCUUUUCGCUAUGCUCAGCUCUUCUCAGAUGAUGUCAAAGUUAUUAUCUCGUUAUGCUCACCCGGUAUCAAGGCCCCGGCCGCUGCUCAAGAUCUCUGGGCUCAGCGGAUCAAGUUGUUCGAGGAGGAUGUCAAGACAGGGAAGCACGAAUUAGCCGACCAGACGAUUGCGAGAUGGUUCCCGGGUGAUCGCCGAGAAGACGAUGCUGUUCGAGCGGAGAGCCUGGGACAUGUUUUGACUUGCUCAUUUGCUGGGUAUCGUGCACUCGCCGACACUAUCAGGGAUUACGACUACGAGGAUCAGAUAGCUGCUAUUGGGAAGGUGAAGACGUUGGUGUUGGCUGGAGAGGAGGAUAAGGCUGCUGAUGCUAUUAUGUUGGAGGAUGUGGCUGAUAAGAUUCCGGGGGCUGAGUUUGGGAAGUUUGAGGAGACGGGGCAUUUGCCGCCUAUGCAGAGGCCGGUGGAGUUUGGUAAGAGGAUGAUGGGGUUUUUGGGACCGGCUGUACUAUGA